UUCAGCUGUGUUUUUAACAUGACUUUCACUGGAGUAUCACACCGUUUCAACAAGAGUCUGCGGACAGGGGGACCUCUACUGCUUUAACAGAAAAACACAGUUUAAAAUCUUAUUUAUCGCCGACUUUUUAUGAAAUGUACAUCUCCGUGUGGCGGUGUUUCCUCUUGCUGUCGGCUGCUUCACAGGAUUAGUAGCUGUCAAAAUUAGCUAAGCUAGCUAUUAUUAACACUGUGUCGAGUUUAACCGGAGGGUCACUCAGGUGCCCACUUUUGAACACAUUUUUGUUCUCUGAAGACUGGUACAGUAAUGCAGGUCACAGACAUUUACGUGUCUGCUCCAGGGAAGGCGAUCCUACACGGAGAACAUGCAGUUGUGCACGGAAAGGUGGCCCUUGCUGUGAGUUUAAACCUGAGAACAUAUCUGAAGUUGAAAGCCACAACCACAGGCAAAGUGUGCAUUAACCUCCCAAAUAUCGACACAUUCCUCUGCUGGGACCUGUCUGAGCUGAAGCAACUCAUUCCUCAUUCUUUGGGUAAGAGGGAGGAGGUGAAACUUCUGGAUACUGAACUUGUGGGGAGACUGCGUGAGUUUGUCGGUGUAACAAAUGGAAACUUGGACACUUGCAACAUGGCCACAUUAUCUUUCCUCUACAUCUAUAUCUCAUUAUUUAGAUCAAGUCAGCUGCCCAGCCUGACGCUGACGGUGUGGUCAGAGCUUCCAACAGGAGCAGGACUGGGCUCAAGUGCUGCAUACUCGGUAUGUUUGGCUGCAGCUCUGCUCUGUGCCAGUGGAGCCAUUCCCACUCCUCUUAAAGAGUGGGAUCACAGCGCCAGGUGGUGUCAGGAGGACCUGGAGCUGAUCAACAGCUGGGCGUUUCAAGGGGAGAUGAUCAUCCACGGUAAUCCUUCAGGAGUGGACAAUGCUGUAGGAACAUGGGGUGGCAUGCUGAGAUUCUUGGCUGGGAAGAUAAUACCACUGAGCAGGGUGCCGUUAUUAAGAAUCCUCCUCACUAACACCAAAGUACCGCGCAGCACUAAGGUACUUGUUGCCCAGGUGAAGGACAAGAUUAACAAGUUUCCCUCCAUCAUGACUCCGGUGCUUGACUCUGUGGAUGCCGUGUCCUGCACUUGUGAGAAAGUCCUUUCAGAGAUGACCUGUGAGCCAAUCACAGGAGAACACUACAAUAUACUGGAGGAGCUCAUUGACAUUAACCAGCACCACCUGAAUGUGAUGGGGGUGGGACACCCUGCUCUGGACACCCUGUGCCAGGUUACGUUGGCCAGAGGCCUACACAGCAAGCUAACGGGUGCUGGGGGAGGAGGCUGUGGCAUCACCCUUCUGAGACCAGAAACAGACUCCGCUGUCAUCCAGACUACAGUGCAGGACUUGAGAGACUGCGGCUUUGACUGCUGGGAGACAAGUAUUGGCGGGCCAGGGGUCCAGCAGCACUCUCCUCUCUCUCUUAAGGAGGAAGUUCUGGAGAUUUUAAGCCAUUACUGAGACAACACUUGAGACUGUGGCUAGGCACAGGGAGAGCCUGUGUGGGGAAGUAAGCCAUGUGGACCAAGAAGAACUGACAAUUUCUUCAACAAAUAAAUGUAUGGGACAGCACUUCCCGACUGAAAAAAACUUUACUGCUAUUUUGAAGUUACCCCCAAGGCUAAAUCUCUAACAUAUUGCUAUAUUAAUUCUAACAGAGAGAUGAUGAAAUAGUUUCAUUUUUUGAAUGAGUGUAUCAUAGAAUUUUGCUUGACAAAUCCACUCAUGAGAACAGCCGUUGCUGAGAGCACUUUGACCACAAGAUGGCAGCAGAGUUAAAGAAAUGCUCACCUUGUAAAGCAGGAUUUAUGGUAGGAGGCAGUGAUAAAUUGAUUAAUGUGCAAGCCAAGCACUGGCAGUAUUUAAUUUAUAGUUUCAUCCAAAUAUUAAAGCAGCAGGGCUAACCUGUAUGACAGAUUAAAGCACCAACAAUCAUGAUUAACUCUUUCCUGGAACCAAUAACGCAAUGUUCAAUAGUAGCUAGAAUUAAAGUGGUCAGUUAAGAGUGACAGAAUUAAAUUAAGAGAGGGUGGAUGAUUAUUUAAAUAAAUCCCUUUUUAAAUAAAGUUUAGCCAUUUAAAUCAAAUUAAUAUUCUUUAAAUAUUUGUUUUUUUUUUUAAAGAAAGAGGUUUAUGAAUAUGAUUUGCUUUUAUAUUUCUCUACAUCAUUAUUGACAUCAGUGAGAAUACUUCUAAAUAAAGAAAAACAAUGCUGUUAUUAACAUACUCCAGAGGAAUAUUUGCCUGUAGUAUUCUCUCUUAUUGAUUGUUAGUAGACAUACCAAUGACACAUGCUGCAAAGCUCUUUUAGCGUCUGCUUUUUUACAUUAAAGUGUUUCACUGCAAAGGGAUCCUGAAACUAAAGAGUUUUCUGUC